GACAAGGAUUGGGCAGACGGCACAGGAGUCAAAUAAGAGAGGGAACGGACGAAUCUGACGACGUGGUGGUGCGGUGCGGUGGAACCGGUGGCCGGCCUGACCUGACUCGAGCAGUUUUGCUCCGCCACGCACGGCACGACUGCUAGAGGCGUGGCGGGGAGAGAGUGCUCUCUCUCUCUCUCUCUCUCUCUCGUUAUUCGAGGAGCGUCUACUUGCUUCAAGCAUAAAAAGCAAACCUCAACACCACCACCACGUGGCUUAUCUGGUCAUCUUUCCCCAAAAUUUGUUCAACCAAAACAAACAAACAAACAAACAAACAAACAUAUUCAAGGCACGGCCAGGGCGGCUACUUUACCCGCCCUCACAUCGCAUUUAUGCUGUAUCAUGAUGUAUAUAUGUAUACGAGUCACUGAUUCAUCCAAGCGGUGUUAGUGCCUUCUGAGUGUGAUAUUCAUGGCGCUAAGCGUGCUGGUGACCGGCGGUGCCGGUUAUAUUGGAAGCCAUACGGUGCUUCAACUGCUGCUGGGAGGGUACAAGGCGGUGGUAAUCGACAAUCUCGACAACUCCUCCGCUGUCGCAAUCAACCGCGUUCGGGAACUUGCCGGUGACCAUGGCCCUAACCUUACCUUCCAUAAGAUGGAUCUCCGAGACAAAUCUGCACUUGAGGGGCUUUUUGCUUCUACCAAGUUUGACGCUGUCAUCCAUUUUGCUGGUCUAAAAGCAGUAGGUGAAAGUGUGCAGAAACCCUUGAUGUACUAUGACAAUAAUCUUAUUGGUACAAUCACUCUAUUGGAAGUCAUGGCUGCCCAUGGGUGCAAAAAGCUUGUUUUUUCGUCAUCAGCUACUGUUUAUGGUUGGCCAAAGGUGGUUCCUUGCACAGAAGAGUUUCCCCUUGCUGCAGCAAACCCAUAUGGACGGACAAAGCUCUUCAUUGAAGAAAUAUGCCGUGACAUCCACCAGUCAGAUACUGACUGGAAAAUCAUAUUGCUGCGAUACUUCAAUCCUGUUGGCGCACAUUCUAGUGGUCAUAUUGGUGAGGAUCCUCGUGGUAUCCCAAACAAUCUCAUGCCUUUUGUGCAACAAGUAGCGGUUGGUAGGCGACCUGCACUUACAGUGUUUGGAACUGACUACUCAACGAAGGAUGGUACAGGGGUGCGUGACUACAUUCAUGUAGUGGAUUUAGCUGAUGGGCAUAUUGCUGCACUGAACAAAUUAUCUGAUACUUGUAUAGGUUGUGAAGUGUACAACCUGGGAACUGGGAAAGGAACAUCAGUUUUGGAAAUGGUAGCUGCAUUUGAAAAGGCUUCUAGAAAGAAAAUUCCUCUUGUAUAUGCUGGCCGACGACCUGGUGAUGCUGAGAUUGUGUAUGCUUCAACAGAGAAGGCAGAACGUGAAUUGAAAUGGAAGGCAAAAUAUGGCAUCGAAGAAAUGUGCCGUGACCAAUGGAACUGGGCUAGCAAGAACCCUUACGGCUAUGAACCUCAAGAUCACACUGCUUGAUGACUGAUGAGCAUUUAAAAAGUAGUUGUGUUUAUAGUCUCGAUUUCCCUUGUAUUAAUACAGUCCUAUUCCUAUUAAGGGAGGAAAUAGUUGAAUGUAGCUAUCUUAACUGUGCGAAGAUGGUUCUGCUCGGUGCUUUCGCUGCCUUGACAGGAAUCCUCUAAUAAGAAUGAUUUGAGCAGUUCCUUUCUAAUA